UUGUAGCUUUCAAAAAAAAAAAAAAAACUCUUUUUGAUUACCGAAAACAUCUAAAAGCGUUUCCACAAAUCCGAACACGACCACCGCAGCAAUUCGAAUCCCAGCCGGAACUAGAAUCCGAUUUCAUCACCUCUGGUUUUGUCGGGGGGGGGGGAGUGAAGAAGAAUGAUCCGGAGAAGAGUGGAUUCAAAGGAUUGAUCGGGAACAAUCAUGUGGUUUUCCUUCUUAAGACCCAGAGAUCGAUUCUCCUUGCUCGAACUCAGGCAUCUGACUGAGCAGUUGAGGAAAAUUCAGAUAGUGAACGAGACCAAUAAGGACUUUGUUGUGGAGGCACUGAGAUCAAUCGCGGAGAUACUAACCUACGGCGAUCAGCAUGAUCCCUCAUUCUUUGAGUUUUUUAUGGAGAAGCAAGUCAUGGGAGAGUUUGUACGUAUCUUGAGGGUUAGCAGAACAGUAACAGUUUCUGUUCAGUUGUUGCAGACCAUGAGUAUUAUGAUCCAGAACCUCAAAAGUGAACAAGCCAUCUACUACUUGUUCAGUAACGAAUAUGUAAACUAUUUGAUAACAUAUACGUUUGACUUCCAACAUGAAGAGCUUCUAUCUUACUACAUAUCCUUCCUUAGAGCUGUUAGUGGGAAACUAAACAAGCAUACGAUAUCAUUGCUUUUGAAGACCGAGAACGAUGUAGUAGUUUCUUUUCCCCUUUAUGUCGAAGGCAUUAAGUUUGCAUUUCACGAAGAGAACAUGAUACGCACUGCAGUUCGUUCCCUGACUCUUAAUGUAUAUCACGUUGGUGAUGAAUCUGUGAAUGACUAUGUAGUUAGCCCACCGCACACCGAGUACUUUUCAAAACUAGUUUCAUUUUUCCAAAAGCAAUGCAUUGAUCUAAGUGCAAUGGUGUUGAACACUUUAGAGAGCCCAUCCUCAGACUCAGGAGGAAAAUUGUUUUCUGCCGUUGAUGGGAUCGAGGACACCUUGUACUACUUUAGUGAUGUUAUCUCUGCUGGCAUACCUGAUAUCGGGAGGCUGGUAACAGAUCACAUUCUGCAGAAUCUAACUCUCCCACUUCUUCUCCCGUCUCUAUGCUCUGAGGCUGUAAAUGAUGUUUCAAUUGAUCCUAUCACUUCUCUAUAUCUCCUUUGCUGCAUCCUACGGAUAGUUAAAAUCAAAGAUUUGGCAAAUAUUACCGCUGCUACUCUUUUCUGCCCUGUAAAAGCUUUCAUUGCAAGUUUCCUAGUGAAGCCUAAUAGUAGCCUUGCUCCUGAACGCCCUAGAUUUGGACAUAGGCAUCAAGACAAUGGUGUUGCCGAGGAAGCAGAUCAACAGUGUCCAAGCAAUGGAGUAUUGAGUGAGGAUGGGAAUUCCCACGUUUGCAGUGAAAAUACUACCAAAAGUACCUUCAACGAUUCAAAUAUUACAUUUAGGGAGACCUUACUUCAAUAUAUUUCUGAGGGAGAUGAUGUGCAAGCUCAGGGUUCCUUGUUUGUGCUAGCCACUUUGUUGCAGACAAAAGAACUUGAAGAGUCAAUGCUAGAUGCUUUCGGCAUUCUUCCUCAGCGUAAGCAGCACAAAAAACUUUUGCUGCAAUCUUUGGUUGGGGAGGACUCCGACGAAGAACAACUAUUUUCACCGAAUGGUUCUAUGAGAGAUGGAAGUAGUGAACUUGAUUGGUGUCAACGGAGGCUGGAGGAGCAUUUUGGAGUAUGCUGUUCAUUGCGUGGGGCUGCAGUGUCCCCCCUUAUACAUAGACAUCAGGUGGUGGAUGCAUUGGUCAGUCUUCUCUGCCGUGAAAACAUAUCUGCAGAAACAUUAUGGUGUGGAGGAUGGCUUUUGCGCCAGUUGCUUCCUUAUAGCCAGGCAGAAUUUAAUCAUAAACAUCUGAAGAUGCUGAAUGAUUCAUAUGAGAAAUGCAAAGAAGCACUAAUCCGGGAGAUUAAAGGUUCCUGGCCUGAUCUACUCAUCAAAGUACUGUUUGAUGAGUGGAAAAAGUGCAAAAAAGUGAUUGAAGCUCCAUCUCCUCAAAAAGACCCUAUAUCUGUUAUUCUCCAGCUGGAUAGAUGCUCUUCUAAUGAUAACACUGUUAGCGAUUCAUCAUUCACAGCAGGGGAAAAAUUGUGCGAGGUGGUAAAGGUUUUUGUGCUUCUUCAUCAACUCCAGAUCUUCUUGCUUGGUAGGCCCUUGCCAGAGCAGCCUCCUAUCCAUCCUCCUGCCGACAGAUCUGAAACGUCUCGCGCAACAGCUUCCGGUUUGGAUGCUUCAGUCCCCAAACCUGGCACCGAAGUGAAGCUAGUUGAUGCUGUACCAUGUUGGAUUGCCUUUGAAAGAGGCAAGGAACGUGAAUUCUCGUUUCUAGCAUUAUCAUCUGGUGUGUCUGGGUGGAUCGUCCUUGCUGAAAAGUCACUUUCGAAGCCAGAUCACGGAAUCGUCCGUAUUAUUGCACCUUUAGCCGGCUGCGAUCCGCGAAUAGAUGAAAAGCAACCAAGAUGGCUACACUUGAGAAUCCGACCAUCUACGUUACCUUUCUUGGAUCCAAUAAAGCGAGGAGUCUACAAGAAGCUCAAGUCCAAAGGUCUAGUAGAUGGAAAAUGGACAGUAGCAUUCAGGAGCGAUGAGUUUUGUCACUCUGCUUACUCAAUGGUUGUACAUGAGAUGGAUCUACAAUGCAGCGAGGUGGAAAGGAGGUUAAAGCCAUUGCUUGAACUUGAUAGAAACCAGCAAGAUCAAUCAACCAUUACUUCUGAUGCCUUCCCUUCAUCUUCGUCCUGAUGAUCUCAUUUUGCGUUGCAUUCAUAACGGAUAAGAUAAAUCUUCUUCAGUCCUUUAGAGCAGCUUCCAUGAAUUUUUCAGGUUUAUUUUUUUCUCUCUGCAUUUUCUGUUUGUUUUUAUUGAUUCUUUUUGUAAUAUCUUAGUGUGGUAUCAUUGUAUAUUUGAAAUUGCAACAAUACAUUAGUAAAUUUCAAUUGUUAUC